AUUCAGUCAGGAAGUGCCAAAGUUUUAGACUGCAAGCUCCCCAGGCAUGCAUUGUCUCUUCAUCUGUACCUAUCUGCCGCCUAGCACUACAGAGUCCCGACCCUGAGUAAGGACCAGGAAAGCUGCCCCUGUAUUGGGUCUAAGGCUGGAGGAAGUCUCCUGAAGGAGGAAUGGGCCAGAUGGGGCCUGUGGAUGGAUCACUCCUGUCCUCCCCAGGAGUCAUGGAUGUGUUAAGUAUCUACAGAUCCCUGAGCGAGGACGGGGGUGGGGAAGCAGACCAAGCCUGAUGUUGAAAGUUCCUUGUUUGUGGUAAGCGUCCAGCAGCCCUGUGGGAGGUUGGGACACUUCCUGGAGGGGGUGUCCUAGCUGUGAGAUAACAAGGAGGAUCGGAUCGGUCUGGCAGGCAAGUGGCAGGAGAAACAGGUGUGGAGCUGGGGAACAGCACUCGUGCUGAGAGCCCACCCCUGUGCUGGGAUAGAGCAACACAGGGCUGUCUUUCCCGCUCCAGAGCCUGUGAGGAGUUUGGUCUAUAUCAAGACUCUGGGUUCUGCCAUGUCGGAAGCGGGACCCCUGAUGCAGCGGUUCCUCCAAGGGCAGCCUAGAGUCUUGGGGGCCCUCUUGCUGUUGGUGGGGCUACUGCAGAUGGCCUUUGGUGUCCUCUUGGCCAUUUCCCCCUGCGUCUAUAGGGAUGAGCUGCACGUCCACUUUUACUCGGCAGUGCUCUUGCUCUUGGCCGGCAUCAUCACUCUGGCUGCAGACACAACACACAGCCUGGCCCUGGUGAAAGCCUGCCUGGUCAUUUACAUCAUCUGCACGGUGGUGGUGGGCGUGAUCAACUUAUUCUACCUGGUGGACUUGGUGUACGAUCCCCGUAACCGGUACAUUCGGUGUCCUUCCCACAACAGGUUGCACUGCAGGCAGCUGUACCAGAUCUCGCACUAUUGCACGGGCAUGCGGGCCAUCAUCCUGAUCUUAACCUCGCUGGGAUUCUUUGUUUCUAUUGCCCUGGCAGCCUUUGGAUGCAAAGCGGUGUGUCGCCAGAACUCUGCCGAUGAUGUGCCGGUUGCCGCCCUGACGACUCCACCUGCUUCCCAUGAGGCCGCCACGGAGCCCGAGCCUGUGGCAUCAGAGGGAUCCACAGUUUUACAGCCAUCAGUUCUCGUUAUGCCUUUCUCUGCUCGAUUACAGAGCCCUGGUAUUUGAUCUUCCACAAGAAGUCUACCGGGGGCAUCUCCUCCUGCUUUAAUGGGUGGGUCUAUCAGCGAAGCUGCAGGCACGGAUCAUGACAUGCAUUAUUGCUCCAGAGGAAUGGCUUUGCGGCUGAUUGAGGUGUGCUGCCAUUCCCUGCAAGAUAGUUUCUUAAUGCAUAGAACACCCCCUUCUUCAAAAAAUAA